CAGUACGGGUUUAUAUUUCACAGCAAACAAACAAUAUGGGAUCACUUCUAAAGUGGCUUUUCAAUCCGAGGACUGCUUACGUCAAAAAAAGCAAAGCUAGUGUAAAAGACAUCAUAGACAAUCUAUUUCAGGAUUCAGGGGUGCUGCUCGGUAAAGAACAAACCACUGUACCUUGGAAGGUAAAAAUAUCAAUAUUCUGUUUCUUAGUUUGCAAUCUCUUACAAUUAAUUGCUCUUAUUUUGGCGUUGGGUGAUCUGGAUGAACUGUUGGCAUGUUCUGGUCGACUCACAUUUCUUACGAUGAGUGUCCCAAAAUUGUUUUCAAUAUUCCUGUCUAAGAAACUCUGGGAUUCCCUCAUAACGCAAACAACCUUGUUGGAAAAUGAGGUAUUGAAUAAAAGAGAUUUAACAUACGAAUACGAAUCAGAGGAUGAAGAAGAUGACUAUUUAACAGAACACAUAGACAGUUAUACAAAACAAUUCCAGGGUUUUGCGAAAAUUCUGUCUAGCAUUUAUUUCUAUGCAGCUAACGUCUAUGUUCUGUCGCCAUUCAUUGAGUAUGGAUACCACGUAUACAAGGGCAAUGACAGAAUGUAUCCUCAUAUUUUACCAGGAUGGUCCCCUCAAGACGCUAAUGUUAUUAGUUAUUCGGUACUUAUUGUAGCAGAGGUUAUAGCUGCUGAGUAUUGCGUCAAACUUCACACAGUUUAUGAUGUAACUGCUGUCGGGUUGAUGAUUUUCAUACGAGGUCAAUUUUUAUUGCUACAUCAGUUCAGCGAACAUAUUGGAGGAAGAGGCAAUGACCUAUCCUUAUCAAGGAGGAGAGAUGAUCGUGCUCACUGUAGGAUUAAAAAGUGUCAUUAUAUCCAUGUUUCUCUACUGAAAUCAAUCAGUGACUUGGAUGACCUAAUAAGAAAUGUUCUAGGAAUAUAUUUUUGUAUUGCUGCUAUGACGCUAUGCUCUGCUGCUGUCCAAUUACUAAAAUGGAAUAGUCUUGACGCUAUGGAGAUAGUAUCUCUCCUGCAGUUUCCAAUCGCGACACUAAUUCAGCUUUACCUGUUCUGUCUGUAUGGAGACGGCAUGUUCAAUGAGAGCGCGGUAAUGUCCGGCGAGGGACCUUUUAGAGCCGCUAGAUGGUGUCUCAGUAAACAUAUAAUACAGGAAAUAGCCAUCUUGUGUGUCAGUAUGUCGCAGUCCCGACGCAUAAACGCGGGGCCUUUUGUCACCGUAGACUUACCAACUUUCGUCAUGAUUGUACGUGGUACUUAUAGUGUGUACACAGUUUUGACACAAACUUCUGAAUAAACUGGCAAUUUUUUAAGAAAUCUACUGCAAUAUAUUUCAAUACUUCACUUUUGAUAUUAUUUCAUUAUAAUAAGAUAAUUAUCUGAAACACAUCAUGUUAGAAAGAAGAUUAUAAAACAUAAGGCAGAUAUAAUAAUAAUAGCAAUUUAAUUUUUAUUAAUUCCCUUUUCUUUAAGUAUAAUGAAAAUAAUAUAAUGAGUACGAUGAAAAUAAUAAAUUUUUAAUAAGCAA